UAGCGGAAACCUUCAGGUCACCCGGGGAACUGCUCGGCUCGCUGGUCCUGCGGCGGCGAGGCGGGGGGGUGAGCGCCGAGACGCGCGGGGCGCGGAGAUGUGCAAGUGGAGAAGCUUGACCGAGCGCAGGCGGGAGCAGCCGCCCAACUCCCGGCGCGGGAUCUGCUGAGAGGCCACGAAUCAAAAGUUUGACUUUCAACCAGAAUUUUUAUUUCUUCACUAAAAUAAACUCAUCUUUUACUUUUAUUCAGCCACAUUAAGCAGAUUUUAGGUGAUGGGCAGAUCAGAAAGUCAGAUGGAUAUAACUGAUAUCAACAUUCCGAAGCCAAAGAAGAAACAGCGAUGGACCCCGUUGGAGAUCAGCCUCUCUGUCCUUGUCCUGCUCCUCACCAUCAUCGCUGUGACAAUGAUAGCACUCUAUGCAACCUAUGAUGAUGGUAUUUGCAAGUCGUCAGACUGCAUAAAAUCAGCUGCUCGCCUGAUCCAGAACAUGGAUGCCACUGUUGAGCCUUGUACAGACUUUUUCAAAUAUGCCUGUGGAGGCUGGUUGAAACACAACAUCAUUCCUGAGACCAGCUCCCGUUAUAGCAACUUUGACAUUUUAAGAGAUGAAUUAGAAGUCAUUUUGAAAGAUGUCCUGCAGGAACCCAAAACUGAAGACAUAAUAGCAGUGCAGAAAGCAAAAACAUUGUACAGAUCUUGUCUGAAUGAAUCUGCUAUUGAUAGCAGAGGUGGAGCACCUCUACUCAAACUGUUACCAGAUAUAUAUGAUUGGCCAGUAGCAACAAAAAACUGGGAGCAAACAUAUGGUACUUCGUGGACAGCUGAGAAAUCUAUUGCACAACUGAAUUCCAAAUAUGGGAAAAAAGUCAUAAUUAGUUUUUUUGUUGGCACUGACGAUAAGAAUUCUGUGAACCAUGUAAUUCAUAUUGACCAACCUCGACUUGGCCUCCCUUCCAGGGAUUACUACGAAUGCACUGGAAUAUACAAAGAGGCUUGUACAGCAUAUGUGGAUUUUAUGAUUGCUGUAGCCGAAUUGAUUCUUCAGGAAAAAGGACUGCCUGUCGAUAAAAACCAGGUGUCUUUGGAAAUGAAUAGAGUUAUGGAAUUGGAAAAAGAAAUUGCCAAUGCUACAACUAAACCUGAAGAUCGAAAUGACCCAGUGCUUCUUUAUAACAAAAUGACAUUGGCCCAGAUCCAAAAUAACUUUUCACUAGAGAUCAAUGGGAAGCCAUUCAGCUGGUCAAAUUUCACAAAUGAAGUCAUGUCAACUGUGAAUAUUAGUAUUCCAAAUGAGGAAGAUGUGGUAGUUUAUGCUCCAGAAUAUUUAACCAAACUUAAGCUCAUUCUUACCAAAUAUUCUCCCAGAGAUCUCCAAAAUUUAAUGUCCUGGCGGUUCAUAAUGGAUCUUGUAAGCAGCCUCAGCCGAACCUACAAGGAGUCCAGAAAUGCUUUCCGCAAGGCCCUUUAUGGCACAACAUCAGAAACGGCCACCUGGAGACGUUGUGCAAACUAUGUCAAUGGGAAUAUGGAAAAUGCUGUGGGAAGGCUUUAUGUGGAAGCAGCCUUUGCUGGAGAGAGUAAACAUGUGGUUGAGAAUUUGAUUACACAGAUCCGGGAAGUUUUUAUUCAGACUUUAGAUGACCUCACUUGGAUGGAUGCUGAAACAAAAAAGAAGGCUGAAGAAAAGGCCUUAGCAAUUAAAGAAAGAAUCGGCUAUCCUGAUGACAUUGUUACAAAUGAUGACAAACUGAAUAAUGAAUACGUGGAGUUGAACUACAGAGAAGAUGAAUACUUUGAGAACAUAAUUCAAAAUUUGAAGUUAAGCCAAAGUAAACAACUCAAGAAGCUUCGGGAAAAGGUGGACAAGGAUGAGUGGAUAAGUGGAGCAGCUGUAGUCAAUGCAUUUUAUUCUUCAGGCAGAAAUCAGAUAGUUUUCCCAGCUGGCAUCCUACAGCCACCGUUCUUCAGUGCCCAGCAGUCUAACUCCUUGAACUAUGGGGGCAUCGGCAUGGUCAUAGGACAUGAAAUCACCCACGGCUUCGAUGACAAUGGAAGAAAUUUUAACAAGGAUGGAGACCUUGUUGACUGGUGGACUCAACAAUCUGCAAAUAAUUUUAAAGACCAAUCCCAGUGCAUGGUGUACCAGUAUGGAAACUUCUCCUGGGACCUAGCAGGUGGACAACAUCUCAAUGGAAUUAAUACACUGGGAGAAAACAUUGCUGAUAAUGGAGGUAUUGGCCAAGCAUACAGAGCCUAUCAAAAUUAUGUUAAAAAGAAUGGUGAAGAAAAAUUACUUCCUGGACUUGACCUAAAUCACAAACAACUAUUCUUCUUAAACUUUGCCCAGGUGUGGUGUGGGACCUAUAGGCCAGAGUAUGCAGUCAACUCCAUUAAAACAGAUGUUCACAGUCCAGGCAAUUUCAGGAUUAUUGGAACUUUGCAGAACUCCCCUGAGUUUUCAGAAGCCUUUCAUUGCCGUAAGAAUUCAUACAUGAAUCCAGAGAAGAAAUGCCGGAUUUGGUGAUCUUCAGAAGGAGAGGUGCAGCCCUUAGCUAGACUUGCCAACACUACAGAAAUGGGGAACCCUGGGAGAAAAUCGGCCCUGGAGGUCACUGUGAUUGCAAGGGGACAGAGAUGAGAGCAUCAUAAUAAAAAGAAAGGUUAUUCUGGAAAAGGUGUAGUGGGACGAGGGGGUCUAAUGUCUAUCAAAUCGAUCACUUCUCAAUGUAUAAAUAAUGCUUCAUCUCUAAAGAUUAGUAUUACUGUUCAUUUCUGUUUCUCAUAUGAUCUGCAAGUUUGAUUUGUCUUUUGAAAACAGUGUUAGCCACUUGAUGUAGACAGGUAUCUCUCAUGUAGGGGAGAAAGGAGAGGUUAAAGAAUACAGUUAACAUUGAAAGCAUAACAGUGAUAUGAGAGUUAAAAACACACUGCCUAAGUAUUUAGUUUUACUUUUUUUGCAACAUUUAUGCUUCUUCAAAACUCUUCCAAAGAAUUCUUAUGCAAUUUGGGGCCUUGGGACUUAAGCAAUUUUAAACUAAUUUUUCCAAUCAUCAGUCAUUCAUUCUGAGAUCAUUUUAUUUUAAGCACUCUUAGGGCUAAAGAACGUCUAAAAUCGUUUUUUGUUGUGCCUGCUUGGACUGAUAUUGAGAUUUUGAGGCUCCCUGCCAUUUUCUAAGCAGUUUCCUGUUCUCUCUCUCAAAACUUGGUCUUUUUAAGAGAUUUGUAGUAAUGUAUAAAUAAUAAUUUUUAUAUUUAAUAAUUAACUACAUUUAUGACUAAGUAAUUAUUAUAGGUAAUCAUUGAAUAUUGAAGUUUCAGACAGUUAUGAACUGCGAUCUGUUAAGUGAUAUACAGAUGAAGCUUUGAGACUUUUUAAACUUAUAAAUCAUAUUGAUGGAAAGCUUUAAGUACAUACAAACUUUGGGUUAAAAAUUGCCACUGGAAAGUUGUCUAAAGUCAUAUAAGGCUUAUGGUUUACAAGAAGGAUUUUCAAAAUUAAUCUUUCUCUGAAGUGGCUUUUACAAAAGGGAAAAUGACAUCUAUGUAGCUCUGCAGCCCCUUAUCUUUCCAGGCUUGUCAUCUGAUGGAAAUAUUUUGAUAAUAAAUUGAAAUUGAAAGCCCAUUACUUACUAA